AGCCCUCAGCCCUCAGCUAACCUGGCCCCACCAUGCAGGAGCACAGUCGGGGACCAUGAGGAGAACAUUAUUGUUGUGUUUCAUCCACGGCUUCAAGGGCGGAGACGAAACGUUCCGAACAUUUCCCAGUCAUGUGAAGGCGCUGCUGCAGCACGCCCUGCCAAAGGUCACCGUCCUGGCCAUUACCUAUCCACAGUUCGAGACGCGAGGCGACUUGCACGAGUGCGUUGGCCGCUUCAAAGAAUGGCUACAGAAUAAAGUCAUAGACCUCGAGGUCGCCAAUUCGACGCCUUCGCCUACAGUCGACCCUUCUGUGCGCACCAUCCUCGUCGGUCAUUCCAUGGGCGGCAUCGUUGCGGCUGAGACACUUCUCUCUAUUCUUGCCGACCAGCCCAUUCACUCGCAGUCGAAUUCGCAGACGGCGGCAGGAUCCACGGGCUCGCUAUCUGACCACUCGACGCUUAUGUUCCCGUAUAUACAGGGCAUUCUCGCCUUUGACACACCAUACUUGGGUAUAGCGCCAGGCGUGGUUGCACACGGCGCGGAGAAGCAUUGGAAUACAGCGAGCUCGGCGUAUUCAGCCUAUAACAGUCUCGCAGAUGCUUUCGGAUGGGGCGCUAAGGAUACUGCAUCGGGUGCCGUCGAUACAAGUAAGAUGCUUCCUGCGCCCUCGGCAUCUUCCACCGCAGACGUGGCAUCGGCACCACUGUGGCAGAGAUACGGCAAAGUGGCCAUGUUUGCUGGAGCUGCGGGUGCGAUAGCAGCAGGUGGUGCAGCAGCCUAUAUGAAGAAGGAUCAGAUCACCCAAGGCGUAACGUGGGCAACAUCGCAUUUGGAAUUCGUCGGAGUCCUGGCCCGUCCCGAGGAGAUGCGGAAGCGACUAGAGAAGAUUGUGAAGAUUACCACGACCCAGGACCUCGGUUUCUGUAACAUGUACACCACCCUCGGCCAUGCGGUAAACAGCGAAAACAAGGAACACGGUUGGACCGGAAAGGUCGCCGGAAAGGACCGUACCUUUUGCAAUCUACCCAAGGGGUCGCUCAAGAAUUACUUCAUGCCCGCCGUCAACGACAAAGCUACGGCAGAAACCUGGGCUCACAUGUCCAUGUUCGAACCCCGUAACAACCCAGGCUACUACACAUUAAGCGAGACAGCCAAGGAGAAGAUUAUCGAGUGGACCGAAUCGACCGACUGGUACGAAGAGAGCGAGGGCCCAUUGACGGGCGAGGUGGGCGAAGAAGCAGAGAUUGUAGAGCGCCAAGAGGUGGAUGAGCAGAUGCAGAAGGAGGCGGACAGGAAGCAGGCUGAGGAGGAGGAAGAGGCAAGAAAUAAGGGAGAUAUUGAUGCAUUGGAAGUGGACGGCGGGUUUGUGGAUCUGAAAAAGGGAGCUGAGGCUGCCGAGUGGGAGGAUGAAGCGAAUAAGAGAAAGGAGCUGUGAAGGAGUGUAGUAUACGCUUUUAUCCUACGACUUAUAAAGUACGGAAAGCUGGUCAAGUGUGAAGAGAUGCUGAAACUUGUAAUCCUAGUCCAAAAUAACAUGGAAGGUUCUCAAA